GGGCAGUACUCGUUCCAGCAAAGCAUGGCUCAAUUGGGGUCUAGCGAAGGCACAGCUGCUCGCUGGCGGCGCAUCCAUCAGGAAAUUGCGGCCCUGCCGCGCUUUGUCCCGGGCCACGUCCUCGAUGGCCGGCCGCAAAUCACUGCUGGGCCAGGCUCGCGCCUGUGCGGGGACGCAGUGAACGCCUCUGGGAUGGCUUGGCGCUUCAUUUUCCGUGUCGAAGAAAUGACGUACGUCGGCGCCGUGAAACCUGCUGCUUGCGGGCGUGCCACGGCAACCGCGACCGCCCAGCACCCAAAUAAAGGCCUGGACGCCUUCCCUCUCCACCUCACUUCACAUCAUAACACCAUAAACACCUUUUGAUACCCCCAGCACGCUACCAUCCCCACCCACAAUCGCCCGCUUUGCCUCUGUUUUAUUAGAUACCCCAACAGCACCUCUUCUGAAGAUAUCGCUACGCCAUGUCUUCAUCAAAGGCGGUUAACCGGCCGGUGGACCUCAAGCAGAAGGAGACGGACGUCAACAACAAGCUCCAGCUCUAUGGCAUCUUCACAGCGUUCGCCAAUGGCAAGGUCCCGUCAAACAAGCAGAUCGACGUCGCGCUCAACUCGGCGCUGGCUUCAAAACCGCUGGGCUCUCCGUCUAAGAAGCUGUCGCCCGAAGGCCAGAAGCUGGUCGCCGACCUGAAGGACGUCAUCGAGCAGGCCAAGAUCCUCAUUCUCACCAAAAACGAGGGCAACCUCCUCCAGGACUUCAUCUGGCAGACCCAGCAGAUCUCUGUUGGCAACGCCAAGGCUCCCAAUGUGCCCGUCGACAAGCAGACGGCCCAGCAGCACGGAAACGAGGCCCUCGAGGGCCUGCGCACGUUAGGGACCCUCCUGAUCUCUAACGGCCAGUUCAGGAAGCUCCUCUCCGACGCCACCGUCCUGCUACGGGAUAUCGCCGGUGAUGCUGCCCAGAACACCGCUAACCGCGUCAAGCCGUCAGAGGAUCAGCUCGCACAGAUCGACCGCGCUGCCGAGGACAAUACUUGGCACGAGGUCCCCGAUUUGUCCAAAGAGAACCUACAGGGCCAGCUUAAGUCGCGGGCUCCGUUUGGAAAGAAGGAGGCUAAGGAGACCGUUGGCGAUGCUACCCAGGCCGCACAUCCGGAGGGGUCUCGGGAUCCUGCCGAUGUCACUGGCCCAGCCUCCCAUGAAGCUCAGACUGGUGAACCCACCGGCCUGAACGCGCAGGCUGCUGCUGGCACCGCUAAGCAGAAGGUCUCUGAGAACAUCCCCGAGGAAGACAAGGACCGCCUCCGACAGCGACGUGAGCGUCUGAACAACUAUUUGAAGGGCAAGAUGCCCGAAGAACGUCGCGACCAGACUAUCUGGCGCCUGAAGAAGAUGGUCGUCGAGGUUCAAGGCCACCAGGACUAUCAGCAGGCUAUCGAGACCCUCCUCCGCCUUGCAGAGCAAUAUGCUGGUCACGGCAAGGAUCUCCACGCCCAGGGCAAGGGAUCGGUGAAAGGUGCGCAUCAGGAUGAUGCCUUGCAAUUGGCAGAAGCUGACCUGAAGACUCUUUUGGAACGGUUCGCCAACAGCACAUCGUUUGAUGACCUGGUUGAUUCCAUCAAUCAGAUCUACAAGGAUGCCGACCGCGAUCCCGACCUCAAGAACUGGUUCAAGCAUAUCGACACCUUUGUUCGGAAGUGCCUCCAACAGCAAGGCUUCAUUAUGGAGGAUGCCUGCAACGACGAGUGGAACCAGCUUUAUGAUGAUGGCCAUAAGUUGCUCCGUGAGCGCUACCGAGCCCACACCGACCGCAUCGUCGACGAGUUCAAGUUCCUCGGACAGCAAUACGAUGCCGACCCACAGAACAAGGCUUUUGCCGAGUCGGUUAACAAGUUGUUCCUUGAUCUCGGACACGAUGAGAAUGGCAAGACCACCUUCAAGCCCCACCUUGUCAAGGACGUGACCGAGGUCAUCCUCCCCGCUUUUUUCGAGAACAUUCGCUACGUUCCCAUCCCGCGCAUCGAAUACAGCGACCCCAUGGUAGAUGCUGUUGUUGAGAACCUGGUCAUUGAGGGCGACAAUCUCGCGCCAAACGUCCUGGAGUUCGGCUCGGACAACUACUGGCGCUGGGGACGCAAGAAGAUCUCGAGCAGAAGUAAGAAUAAGCUCAUGCUCUCGGUCUCUGGCGUCCAGAUGGAUCUUCGCGACGUGGCCUACUAUGUCAAGCGCAAGCAGGGCUUUCCCUCCGUGACCGACAAGGGUGUCAUGGACGUCUUCAUGGGUGGCACUGGCUUCAGCUUCAAGGUCGAGAUGGAGACUGCCGACAAGGAUGACAAGAUCCACUACUUCAAGGUCAACAAGGUCUCGACUGAUGUGAAGCAUCUUCAAAUCAAGCUCAAGAAGAGCAACCACAAGCUCCUCUUCGGCCUCUUCAAGCCUCUGCUGCUGAAGGUCAUGCGCCCCGUUAUCCAACGCGUACUUGAGAAGCAGAUCAAGGACAAUGUCAACCAGCUCGAUGCCCUCAUCCAUGACAUCAAACUCGAAGCAGACAAGGCUGCAGAGGACGCGAAGCGCAACCCCGACCCCGAGAAUAUCCAGAACAUCUACCAGCGCUACGCAACUGCCGCUAACAAGCGUCUCAUGCAGGGCAAGCAGAAGAAGGCGGAGCUUGAGGAGAAGGCCAAGGAUACCAAGGUCAACGUGGCUGUCACUCAGCACGACUCUAUCUUCCAGAACAUCUCCCUGCCCGGCGGCAUCAGUAGCAAGGCUACCGAAUACAAGGAGCUCGCCGCUAAGGGCGAUAAGUGGGAGAGCCCAGUCUUCUCCAUUGGCUCCGCCAAGGAGACUUCUAGCUUGCCGAAGAUCGCCACCGUCACUCGCAAGCCGCAUGGUCGUUCUGAAGGCUACUCCGCACAACCCAGCGCUGGUACGGCUAACGGCCAGCCUGGUAUCGGCUCUGGGUACGGCCGCACCACUGGCGCUGGUCAGGGUCUUGCCAACCAGAUGGACGGCGCCUUCAACUCCAACGGUGGUGUUCCUGGUACCCAGACCCAGCAGGUGACCCAGCAGGGCAAGUACAACACGACGCUCGGAGAUCAGAACCCUGUUCUCCAGGGCUCCAUCUAAGCGACUUAGUCGUCCAGCGACUCACCCCUUGUAUGAUAUCUCAGCAUGAUGGGCGGCUGCUAUGAUUACGACUCUUUUGCUUGCUUUCGUUGAUAAUGGAUGAUACCACGAUUGCGCACGGCGCACGAGCAUACCGGUUAAAAAGGUUUCUCUUCUCAAGUUUUCGAGACGGAUGGUCGAUGGUGGGCCUGUAAUGAGGGGGCU